AUGUCCACUGGCUUCGAAGCUGCCCCUCGCGUUGUUGACAGCAGGUCCAAAUAUAGAGAUGAAGAAGACGACGAACGCCUCGCUCUCAACAUCAUGUACGACAAACGAGUGUUCAGAGGUAACACCCACAACAUGAACAUGAUUACGAAGAACCUGACUCCGGCCCAGCAAGAAGAACUCAGGGUCCAGGAGGAGAGAGGCAAGAAGAAGGUCGAAAUGAUCAAGCGCCAACUCAUCGAGUUCAAGAAGAAGAAGAACAAAGGCGAGGAAACCCUCUACGACCUCAGGCCGGGACCUCCUGCACGAAUCGAGGUCGACCUGAGAUACUUCCUCACUGAACAGGGCAAAGACCUGGGGCCUGACAAUCGGAAUGUUGUCGCUCAGACUGAUGCGUUCAUGCCGAAGCCUCCAACUCCAAAGUAUGUACCGAAAAAGACUGGGAUUGACGCGGAGACCCAGGUUGGAGACUACGAUCUGUUCUACUACGAUGAUGCUGUCCUUCCCAUCCUAAACGUAGUAGUCGAUAAAACUCUUGAGACCGCACUACUAGAAGUAGAGGAAGAGGCUGAAUUAAAAGCUAUUGAUAAAUACAAGAAGGAAUGUGAAAGAAAGACCACCAAAUCAAAGAAUGAAUGGAAGAAAGAAAUCAAAGAAGAAAGAGGCAGACUUAGGCAAAAGAAUGAACUCCUCGAAGUACAAAGGAGGAAAAAGAAAAUGAUGGUAGAAACCACAUUUAAAUUACAACGUUUGAAUAUUGCUAAAGCUUACCUCCAGAAUUGAUUCAAGAACUCUCUGCAGUAUCUCAACGACUCUAAAUAUUGGAGGGAUACCUUCCAGGAUCAGCUCAAGUCUGAUUAUAAAGAACACUUGUUAUCAGGUAUAUCCGACCUCCUAUUCAAAGACUCUGUUGGCAAGGAAGUUUGCAAUACGUUGUGAGAUGCCAAAUUUGAUGAGUAUGCUAGUAUCAGCGGUCCUAUUAGAGACAAGCAUCACAAAGAACUUGCUGAGAAAACAACUAAAAUGAGAAUGAUCGAGAAUCCACAUAAAAGAAUUGUUAGCUUCAUGUUCACUAAUCCUUUCCCGAUCAGGCUCAACGAAUUCUCUUUAAGACUCAGGAAGUUCUUUGAUAAUAAACUUGAUGAAUAUGUCAGCGGGGUCAACGAGAAGGUUAAUAGCUACAUUGACAAAAUUAAGAACGAUGAGUUAGAUGAUGAAGAAGAGGAGAAAACUCCGUUCCCAAUUACCUUCUCAGAAAGUCCUCAUUUCACUGUUGAUAUUAGCUCUAUUGAAAGAAUCGCACUGGCUACGGCUGACGAUCCUUUCUUCAAGUUAGCUCCUAGCCAUCAGAAAUAUUUCCCUCAGAUGAUAAUCUAUAAUUCUAAGGGAGAAAUUAUAGAAAUUUUGGAUGAGACAAAGCUCGGAGUAGAAACCAUAACAAAAGGAGCCUAUAAUCCAGACUGAAGAGAUGCAAAGCUCAAGCUCAACGAUGAUAGAAGGGUCACUUUGAGUCUCCUGACUCAAAAAGAUGUCCAGAUGGUCGCCUUUGUCAUCAGGAGCAAGGAUCUCUCCUCGAAUCCUGAAGUAAAAGAGAAAGAAUUUGAGAGAGCACAUUUCAGACUUCUUGAUGAUUCCACAAACCAGACUUUGGACACCUCACUUAUCAAAGAUAUGCAGAUAACCCUUCCUACCAAAGAAGGUGAGGGCGAUGACGAAGAUGCUCAACAACCAGAACCUGAAGAUGACGAGGAUGAGGAAAAGAAGGGGCCUCAGCCUCAAAAUGUCAUCAUGCUUGGUCGCGCAUUCUUGGACAACAAGAAAUGGAUUUACGAGCAGUACAAUUACAUGUUCAAGGAGGACACCCAUCCUGAAUUCUUCGAGGCAAUCGGUAAAAUUGAGGCAGAAUCCCGUGAAUUUCACCAGAACAUUGAGAAGAAAAUUAAAGAAGAAGAAUCCAUUCUAAAAGAGUCCAAAGAAGCAGCAGCACAGGCAGCUGCGGCUAAAGCUGCCAAGGAAGAAAAGACAAUCCUUGAGAAAGAAGAAGUCGACAUUGACCAUAUGCCUGGAUUUAAGACCGUACUUGACGGAGUCUACCCAACCAUCUUUGGUCCAAUCACUCUUGAACUUAGAGAAGAUAAGUGGAACUUUGAGAAAACUGAGAAGCUUAUCCAUCAAAAGAUGAAUAAGAUCGGCAUCAAAGAGAUCAAAGACUGAAAGCAUGGCUUUGAGUUUAGGGUCAAUGGAAGAGUCAGGCCUAUCUCUAGAAAGAAUUUACUUAAAUAUUCCAGGAAUGUCCAGAAUCUCGAAAUUUUGCCAGUCAUCCCUCCAGAAAAAGUCAUCGAGGAGACCAAAGAGGCUGAAGGCGAGGGAGAAGGAGAAGCUGAAGGAGAAUAA